AUGUCUUAAUUCAUCUGUUCUGGACUAGUCUACAAAUUAUUUGUGUUUGUUGAAAUGAUGCAAAAUGUAUUUAUUAUUGACUCUAAGUAGAUCUAUUUUGUAAUGCACCCUAUUUUAUAGUUUGAACUUGACAUUGUAUUUGUUCAAUAUUUUAGAUAAGUGAUUCAAUAUUCUUAAUUGACUUACAUUUUAGAUGCUAUGGAUUAAAAUUAAUCCAUCAUCUUACUUUACACAGCUUUUGGUUUAUAAAUCACCUUGCUUUUUUUAAUAGGACUUAGUGUGAAUUUUGUCAAACAGAAGAAAAAAAUAACAACAGUCACCUCUUAUUCUUUCAAAGCAAUUAGUUUUUAUGCAUUAAUUCUAAAUACAUUUUUGCAUGUUUGCUUCAUCAACAUUUUCUUAGUGUUUCUGAUUUGUUACCCAGAUUCCCAAUAUAGUUUAGGUGUUGAAUGCUAUUCAGGGGUUUAUAUACUUCACACAGUGAUGGCUGCAUUAGGAUUAUUUUUAUACGUUGUGAUUCAGUACUACUUUUCAACAUUUUAUAUUGAUUUGAAACCUUUUUCUGAUGUACCAUUUGCAUAACCUUAGAGUAGAUUUGAUUAUAUAAAGCUCUUAUUCAAAUUUGCAAUACUAUUGUUUAUCACAAUUGAUUAUAAGGCUGAAAAUCCUUAUACUUAUAUAAUAUUUGUCCUAAUAUUAUAUUUUGUAUUACUUAUGCUUAGAAUUUAUGAGCCUUAACAUUUUCAACUUGAUAUUUAUAACUUUUUGAUUGCUUGUGACGUCAUUCAAUUUAGUCUGGCUUUUGCAUACACACUUCACAAAUUUUUAGAUAAUGGAUCUUCUGAUACAGUGGGAUUUUACUUUAUCUUAGCAGCGAUCCCUUUUGUGUAUUACUGUGCUAUUUAGAUUGGUCAUAAAAAGAAUAAUUACUUUUAAGUUAAAGGCAUUAAAAAAUUAAGUGAUCCUAAUUAACAUGAAUAAUUGUAUAAUUAACUCAUCUACAUCAUAGAUAGAAGAGAUAAUCUCUAGAAUUAUUUAUUAUUAGAAGGAAUUUUAGUACAGCACAUGGAAACAUGCCAAAAUUAAAAUUGUUAAUGUUAAUAUUUAAGUGAAUCUAAAACAAAAGACUAAGAUGAAUUAGUAUGGUACAAGUUUAUUAUUUAAAUGAUCGAUCUAUCAAUUGCUAAAUUCCCAAAAAGUUGUAAAUUGCAUCUGCUUCAAUCAUAUAUUUAGAAUAGCAAACUAAACAACAAAUUCAAAAGUUAUUAUUCUCUUUAACAUAUUAAAUAAUUAGAAACCUCUUUGAGGGAAGAAUUUUAAGCAUAUAGAGAUUUACAUACACUUGAGGAGAUGAUGUAAGAAGAAGAUUAGAAAGCUGAAAUUAUUAUUGAUGUUCUUCAAGUUGUUAAGUUUUAAAAAUAUUAUGGAUAAUUCUAAAAUCUCUUAGAAGAAUCUGUUAAAAGACAUUAUGAAUUUUGGUGUGAGUUAUAAGAAAAUAAUCCAGACAUUUAAAAGCUAUUUAAUUUAGGGGGUCAAAUCACUUAAUCAGUUGAAGAUGUAAAGGAUCUAUAUGACAAAUUGAUGGAAAUUAACCCUAAUCAUAUUAAUACUUUGAGAAUCUUUGGUCAAUUUUAAAAUGAAGUAAUUAAUGCAGAUAGUUUGGGUAUAAGAAUCUUGGAAAAAGCAACUCAAAUAGAAAAUGCGUAAUAAGCAUAUUCAAAUGAAACAUAAACCGAAAAAUAUGGUGAGAACAGUAAUACUUGUAUUAUGACAUGUUCAGCUGAGACUAAAUCUUUGGGAUUGAUCCAGAGUUGUAACAAAGAAAUUGAGAAGUUAGGAUAUCACAAAUAUGAAUUAAUUAACUAAUUCAUUACUCGGGUGAUGCCUAAAUGUUAUGCAGAUAAUCAUGAUAAAUUUAUGUCGAAGUAUUUGGAAACAAAUGAAAGUAAAAUUGUUGGAAAGGAGAGAACAGUAUAUUGUCAACAUAAAAACGGAUCCAUUAUUCCAUGUUUAUUGAUGUUCAAAAUUCUACCAUAAUUGAAAAAAGGGUUAAGAAUGGUGAGUUUCUUUAAGGUAUUAGAGAACUUUGACUCAAAUCAUUAUAUCUUAUUUAAUCCAACAACUUUCUUGAUUUAUGGUUUGAGCCAGAAUUGCUAAGAUUCAUUUGGCAUACCAGUCAAUUUCUCUUAUGGCAAUAAUGCUCAUUCCAAUGAUUUUACAAUGGAAAUCUUGAUUCUUGAUUUUAAUCAUUUGGUUGAGAAAUUAAAGGUGUCACAAGAUAACAUUCAAACAGCAUUUCCUCUGUAAUUGGAUACAACAAAAUUAUAAAAAUAAUUUUUUAUGGAGGAUUCAGUUGAUAGAUUAUCUUUAAUGGAAGAGGGGGAAAUAAAUAAUAAUAAUAAUUAAUUGAAUUAGAAAGGAACAUCAGAAUAGCUGAAAUGCUUCAGUAAAAAAAGAAUGCCUUAUUGCAAAGCUGCUAGCAAAAUUAGUUUGUAGCAGUUGAGCAAACAAGCAAAUACACUGUAGCUUAGCAAGUAGGCUAUUUUAACAGUUUACAGAAGCUACUGCAUUUUAAGAAGCCUCAAAGAGUGGCAACUAUUAUUAGAGUGA